AUGUCCGUCGUUGCUCAGCUUCCAAAGGAAAUGGGAGGCGCAGAAGGAAAGGUUGCAUAUAUUGACACAGAAGGAACAUUCAGGCCGGAACGAAUUAGCCAAAUCGCCGAACGAUUUGGAGUUGACCCCGAUUCCACAUUGGAGAAUAUUGCCUACGCAAGAGCGUUAAACAGCGAGCACCAGUUGGAACUCCUUAACACCCUGUCCAAGGAGUUUGCAGGCGGUGAAUACCGUCUACUCAUUAUUGACAGUAUCAUGAAUUGUUUUCGAGUAGAUUAUUGUGGUCGGGGCGAACUCGCAGACCGCCAGCAAAAACUCAAUCAGUUUCUAAUGAAGCUCGCUCAUAUGGCUGAAGAGUUCAAUGUUUGUGUUUUAAUGGUAAACGUCCAAAAACACGAAGCCUUCGAGGGUUGCAAACUCAUAUGA